UUUAAUGAGGGGGAGAAAUGCUACAAAUAAUUGAAAAAGCAAUGAUAAGCUGUAACUUGAUAGCAGCGCGUAGUCGGAUCCUGUGCUACCGGUCUUUUGCCACAAAGCUAACAGAACAUCAGACUGCGAUGAUGGCGCGCGGUCUUCCCAAACAAGCCCCUCUACCCGGCGUACGGGAUAUAGUUGUGGUGGCUUCCGGUAAAGGAGGCGUGGGCAAGACCACCGUGGCUGUGAACUUAGCUGUAAGCAUGGCAAGAAUGGGCAAGCGUGUCGGGCUUCUGGAUGGUGACAUUUUCGGACCAAGCAUACCACUAAUGAUGAAUUUGCAUAGCGAGCCAUUCGUAAAUGACAAAAACAUGAUGGUGCCACCACAGAACUAUAACAUCAAGUGUAUAUCCAUGGGCAUGCUGACGCCACCCGAUGGCGCUAUAAUAUGGCGUGGACCGAUGGUUAUGUCCGCCAUACAACGCUUACUUAAAGGCACCGAUUGGGGCCCGUUGGAUAUGCUAGUCGUUGACACUCCUCCGGGUACAGGAGAAGUACAUCUGUCGUUGACACAACAUGUGCCCAUUGCAGGUGUCGUACUUGUAAGCACUCCACAUGCCGCUGCAAUGGAAGUGACGCUGCGCGGUGCACAAAUGUACAAUAAAUUUAAAGUGCCCAUCUUUGGACUCGUUGAGAACAUGCGAUAUUCAAUCUGCUCCAAUUGCAACCAGCGUAUGGAGUUGUUUAAAGACCCAGAAGGCAAAUCCUUCAAGGGGUUGCCCGACACACUAGUGUCGCUGCCGCUUGAACCGAUUAUAGCCGAAUGCUGCGAGUCUGGCGUGCCCGUUGUCAUUAAAUAUCCAGAUUCUGAAUAUGCCAAAUGCUUUACCAACCUCGCGAUGACUAUAAGCAACAUGCUGACACAACGUAAGCAAACGGCAGAAGCGGCGAAGGAUGAUGUUAGGAAACUAUCUUAAUGUAUAUAGGGAUAGCAAUAAAAAAUGUUUUUGUUGAAUAUAUAUUACCAGUUGCAUUA